AUGUCUUGUGAUAGUCUGUUGGGUCUUGAAGAUGCCAUGGAUAUGUUUCUGCAGUCAGUGGACUUGUCUAACGAUAUUGAUAUGGGUGAAUUCGACUUUGCAUUAAAAGCUUCAGAGCUCCUCGAAAACUCAGACAGUGAUAGUGGAAUAAGCGUUGCAGGGGAAAAGCAACCAAUAAACCAAGAAACUAAUGUACGACCCAACGACACUAGCGUAAAUUCUGGUGUUGGUCACAAUUUGGCUGUACCAAGUGUAUUGCAGCCGUCGGAGCAUUCUGGUGUCACAGUAAAAACGGUGCCUUCUAGUGUUACUCCGUCGUUUGAGUCCUCAAACACAUCUCCGGGAUCUGUGAAUUCACCUACUAAAUCAAGCAUGGAUUGCCGUUCAUUAGAUGAGUUUUUUUCUGCAGUAAGUGGGGUAACUGAAAUUUAUGAAUACUGUAGAAACCCGACUCCUUCAGAUCCUUCACUAUGGCAGCAUUCAAAAAAUAUCCCGAGCACAUCAUAUCCUGAUUCUGUUUUCGGGAGUAGUUCUCAAUUCUCACCAACGUCAUUUCUUGAUGUGCAAGAUUUUUCGGGACCUAACGAAUCCAUCAUAACCCAGACCGACUUGGAACGCAUACGUAAAAAGCAAGAAAGAAUGGUGAAAAAUAGACAAGCAGCAUGUCUAAGCCGGUUACGUAAGAAGGAGUACCUAGAAAGGUUAGAAAUGAGGUUCGAGCAGCUAAAACGUGAAAACCUUUUACUUUGGCGCCAGAAUGAAGAGUGGCGUGCACGAUGUUUCCGUUUGGAACGUUGUAUUGAAGAUUUACAGUCACGGCUUCCAAGCUCUAUAAAUUCAGAAAACCUAACUGUUAAGUCUCAGUCGUUUGACGUAAGUUCAGAAGAGACGACAAAUAUUUCUUCACACCUUGACAAACAAAUUACUCCUCGAGAGGCUUGUGGCAAAACAGUUUCUGUGCACACAUUAGCACCACUCAAUGAAGUCACUGUUGGUUUCAAAUCAGAUACUCCACUUAGUCGUCUUCCAAGGUUGUCUGAUCUUGGAAAAAGCAAGACAGUUUCAAUUCAGCAUUUAAAAAAUUGCCAAAACGUAGCUCCCACUCAAAAAACGACCUACUUUACGAGUGUAAGUUCCCCAAGAACGUUCAAAUGGGAUAGUUCUUCGAAGAAAUUGUUACUUACAAGUAAAGUUGAUGUUGAAUCGCAUUCACAGUGUCUAUCACAUCAGUCUCAACUCAAAUCAAUUACUAAAACCUUGAUUUCUCCUCAGCGAAUCGUUCCUACCGUCAGUCAUCGAUCUAAAGUAAUUGCUACCACAAGUUUAUUGGUUAUGUGCGGUCUGUUAGCCGUGAAUAUAGUUCCUUUAUCAGAUUUAUAUUCUGGAUUAGGAUUCGUAUCUUCACAUAGCAUGUCUUAUGGUGGCUCCCUUGCUGCUGGAAAAUUUGCUUUUGGUUAUCCCAGGCUAUGGUCAUCUGUGCCACAUUUUCCAACUGGGCGACGUCUUUUAUUAAAUAUUCCACCUACACAAGAAGAUGUUUUAACAAAUGAUAAUUCACUGCAGAACGCCUCAAAUAAUGAAUUUCUAUUUUCUGGAAAAUUUCCAACUAACCAUUCUACUAACAACUGUGGUCCUAAUAAAAACAUGAGUUGCGCAGAGAAUUCCUUACUUACGGAUUCUAGACAAAUUUUUCAAGGUUGGAUUAAAAGGCAUGCUGUAUCUACCAGUAAUCAGUCCCGUGUAUACAGAUUACUACUCACUUCAUCUCUUCAUAGUCUAAACGCGUUUGAACACCGACAACAUAUAGUCAGUUCAUCAAAACUUUCACAACAAAAUGUAUUACAUACUCAAAAACCUGCUUUCUUACCUAUGAAACAUUUAAAUAAUUCAUCUUCCAAAUCGAUUUCGCCGUCAAGAAAUGAGUCAUUAGAACGCUUUUCGGCUAGGAAAAUUAACGGUUCUAUUCUGAAUGUUACAACUGAAUCAUUACCACCCAACUUUCUUCCACCUCAUCGUCCUCCAAUAUUGAAAAAAUAUGAUUUGCAGCCUUACAUUCAUCCUGCUGUUCACGCGUUUGAAAAAUUAUUUAGUGUCGUUAAUCGUCGCAAUGAUACAGCAUACAUUGUUUUUUUAAACCGGGAUCAUUUCCUCCUGCCUUCAGUUGAUCCAUUACCUGCAAAUAUGAAACAGAAAAUAACGUUCCUACUUCCAGCUCAUUCUGUGAUCAACGGAUCGUCUGUUGAUGGUGAAGAUAAUUAUUAUAAUAGUUCAGAUUCCAUUUUAACUGUGCUGCAAUUAGAUUGUGAAAUAACGAAUGCUACAUUAUUACAAUCACCUGUAUAUAAUUCUCAUGAAAAACACUCACCUAAUAACCAUUAA